GAGGCUAGCAGGGGGAGGAGAAAGGAGGAGGAGGGAGCAGGACUCUGCAGGAUAUAAAGAGCCUGCACUUCUGCUUCUCUUUUACCUCACCUCUUCCUGAAGUCUUCUUUCUGCUGGAGAACAGAACACAAACGAGACACCAUGAGGAACACUCUGCUGAGGAUGCUGGCCGCCCUGAUGUGUGCGCUGACCGUCUGCGCUGAUGUCACACCAGUGACAGACUUCGACCUGCAGAAGAUGACAGGCAAGUGGUACACUCUUGCCUUAGCAACCAACGCUGAGUGGUUCGUGAGCAACAAGGCAGGAAUGAAGACUGGUACAGCUGUAGUUGUGCCGCUCGAAGGAGGGGACAUGGAACUCACUUAUGCCAGCCUGAAAGAUGACGGUUCCUGCUACAGGGUGGGUCACACUGCUCAGAAAACCGAGACUCUAGGACGCUUCACCUUCCACAGCCAGGCUUGGAACAAUGACAACGUCCUGACCAUUGUUGAUGUUGUGUACAACGACUACGCCCUGGUGAACACGAUCAAGACAAAAGAUGGAGUGUCUGAGGCCUUUGUCGCACUCUACUGUCGUGCUACUGAGGCCAGUGAAGUGGUGCAGCAGAAGUUCACACAGCUCUCUCUGGAUGCUGCAAUCCUGCCUGACAACAUCGUCAUCCUGCAAAAGAGCGCUGAGUGCCCCGAAGUCUGAGGAUCCCCUGCUGUCUCUUCUCACCCCUCACUGUGAUCUGCAACAUCACAAAGCUUAAUCUGACACAGUUUUCUUUCCUGCUGCUGCUGCUGUACACUAAAGAGCAAUCCUGACCCUCGAUCAGGGCUCAUUCCCCCCCACUUUGCACAUACACUCUAGCAUCAGAGCGACACAACAUAAGAGCUGAUAGUGAACUGAGGGAAUGAUUGCAAGGGACUGGGAAUGCUGUUUGUGUGUCUUUUGUAACUCCUGAUUGCCUUUUGGAGCGUUUGUUGAAAUAAAGUGAAAGCCAGAAAAAACUG